CUUAAAUAAGAAGCAAUGUAUUUAACACCUAACCUCUCCAACCUGUCGGAUUCAGACCAUCUGCAGGACCUAACCCACCGCUCCGCCAAAGUAAGCGUCAUUAUCGUGCUGGGAGUGAUGAUCACUUUGGGAAAUAUUGCAGUUCUCCUGGUCAUCACUUCCUCUGUGGCUGGCUGGUCCAGAAACUCCAGGUACUUCCUCCUGUCUCUCACCGCAGCGGACUCUGCCUUCGGUUUGCUCAUCAUGCCACUGAACCUGUCGGUGAGUCUGCUGAAGGACUACAGUGAGGGCCCGGACACUCUCUGUCAUGUGGUUGCUUUCUGCAACGCCACGGUCUACUCCACCUGCAUGUACACGCUGGCCACCAUCAGCCUAGAGAGAUACAUCGCAGUGUUUUACCCGCUGCAGUACUCCACUCUCAUGACCAGAAAGCGGACUCUGUCCCUGAUCGCCUUCGCUUGGUGUUUCCCCCUCUUCUUGCUGUCUCCUAUCACCUUCCCAAACGGCAUCAUCGAGGUUCACUUUUCCAACGCAUCGCUGGUCUGCAACCCGUCUUACUCUACGAACGUUGCCUACACUUUGAGCUUGACCUGUUUAAUAUUUUUCCCCUGCUCUAUUGUUAUGACGUAUGCAAACUUGAGAGUUUGGUGCGCAGCCAAGAGACAGAGGCUGAAACUGCGCAAAUACGGCUGUGCGCUGCGCAGUAGGCACAAUGUUGCUGCAAGAGUGCUUGUCCCAGUCAUGGCAGUGUACUACACCUGUUGGACACCCUGCAUGGCGGUUAUGAUCUACAAUGCAGUCUCUGGGAGCAGUGUACCAGAGUGGGUCGAGUUUGUUGUGGUGUGGCUCCCAACCUCCAAUGGUUUCCUCAACUGCAUCUUCUACUUCUGGAUAAACAAAAACUUUCGAAGGAAGUUCCACCUCAUCCUGCGGAGGCUGGCUCUGUCCCUCUGUCCUGAGCUGGCUGAGACAUUGGGGUGGAGCACCACUUCAUCAGCACAGUUCGUCUCAGGCAUUUUAGACAAUAACAACCUGGUCCAUGAGCGCUCCUCAAGUGUGUCCUCAACCUGCACCUUGCUGAGCUUGGCUUAGGACCGUUUAACCCAGAAACGGCAUGUGAAGCAAAUGACAUGGUCAGUGACCUGUGUACUUUUAAAACCAUUGCCCAGUUAUUGGUGUUUUAACAAACUAAAUCAUGGGUAGAGUCAAUUGCAGUGCAAAUAGUUUCAAUUCUAAAAGACUCUGGUGAGAUCUGAGUAAAAUAUGUGCAGUCGGCAUCAGUAUGAUUUAUUUUUUUUUUAUAUAUAUAUUAUUUCCAACUCAGAACAGCGUUACGCUGAUUGAUAAACGGAGCUAGGUUUAGUUAUUUUACUCAACGAUGCACCAUUGCCAUGAUUUGAUUUUCAAUCUGAGAUGGUCUCUUAAAUCACCAUUUUAGUUCUUUUAUAGCUACACAUCAGCUUUGCCUGUGAUACUGAUAUGCCUGUGAUUAUUCUACAUACACCUUGUUUUAAUGCGUCAAGCAGUAACAUCACAUCACAUUUCAUCCCUUCCAGAUUUGUCA